AUGGACCGUUGGUUGAAAGGUGGACAUUUUAAUGAGAAGCCUGUUACAGAGGAAUCUCUUAGUACUCAGUCCGCAGAAGGCAGAAUCAAUGACAAAAAUGGUAGUCAAGUAGUUCAUCAUUAUAAUUCAAAUGCAAAUGGCUUCAUAAAUCCGAUCAAAAAACGUAAAUACAACGAAAGUUAUUUAGAGAUGGGGUUCUCAGAAACUAAUGAUUGCCAGCCACAGUGCGUUAUUUGUUUGAAAGUUCUUCCUAACAGUUCCAUGUAUCCCGGAAAAUUGCGUCGUCAUUUUGAAAAGAACCAUCCGGAUUAUGAAGGUAAAACGACUGACUAUUUUAAACGAAAGCGCACUAAACUAUUGGCUGUUCAAAACAAAAUAAAAACACACGUUCAAACUGACAACGAAAAUGCAUUGAGAGCUUCCUACAUGGUGAUCUACCGCAUUGCUCAAAAAGGUGAAGCUCAUACUAUUGCUGAAACGCUUAUAAAACCAUGUCUUAUUAAUAUAGCAACUUGUAUGCUUGACGAAAAAUUUGCCAAACAGUUUUCAACAAUUCCUUUGUCGAACAAUACUGAUGCGCGACGAAUAGCAGAUUUAGCUACAAAUGUAGAACAAACACUUGUAUCUAUUAUUAAAUACAGAAAAAUUUUCUCUACAAAUGGACGAAUCAACUGA